CACCAUCAUCUAUUUCGUUGUCAACAUCCUCACUCAUCGUUCGCGCUCGUUCUCACUGGAGCACAUAUCAUUCGUUUCUUUCCAGAUUCAGCAGGCUGAUCUAGUACAACCAUGCCUCCAGCAUACACGACGCAGCAGAAAGCAGCCAUCCAGGCCUUUGUCGAAGCCACUAGCACGGACAGAGUACAAGCAGCAAAAUGGUUGCGUAACCACAACUGGAACACAUCGGCAGCAGCAAAUCAGUACUUUGCUGUAGGUGGCGGCCAGGCCAGCACCGUGAGCAAGUCUACACUCAACAAGCUCUUCGACAAGUACCGAGAAGAUGUAGCCAACGAACCAGACGAGGUGAACAUCGAAGGCACCAUGGCACUCCUCAACGACAUAGAAGUCAGCCCCGAAGAUGUCGGUGCUCUCAUCUUCUCAGAGCUCGUCAAGUCGCCUUCUCUGGGUAGACUCACACGCACAGAGUUCGUCGACAGCCUCGCCGCUCUUGGUAUCCCCGAUAUCAAGAAAUUGCGCGACACGGUACAACAGAGACGCCAAAGCCUCGCUUUGCCCACUUUCCGCCCUACUUUCAAGCAAAUCUACAAGCACACUUUCCUCCUCGCACGCGCUCAAGGACAAAAGGCAGUCGCACUUGACAUGGCCACCGAGUACUGGCGUCUGCUGUUCACCAGCCCAUCGCUCGAGUGGACUUCGCAAAACACUCCCUGGCUCGAAUGGUGGAUAGAAUUCCUUCAAGAGAAGUACAAGAAGAGUGUCAACAAGGACAUGUGGGAUCAGACUCUGGUGUUCGCCGAGAAGACUCUUGCCGACGAGGCUCUCAGCUUCUGGAGCGAGGACUCUGCUUGGCCCGGUGUCAUUGAUGAGUUUGUCGAGUACAUCAAGACCGACAAGCGCGGAGGACAGAACGCUGGCGAUGCUAUGGACACCGCUUGAAAGAAUUGGUGAUGAUGUGGUGCACUGAGCACAAACAAGACAUUGAAGAUAUUGCUGCCGAGGCUCCGCGACGAUGGAAGCUAGGGAAGUUCAGUGAAGGAAGAAAGCCGCGGCCUCGAGGGGAAGGAAGAUCAGAUGGCUUUGACGCAAGAGGAUCCAGGCGAAUGGACACAGAGCAAGCAUGGCAUAACGGCAGCAUUAGAUUCACAGACGAAAUGCAUAAUUCAUGGAUGGACCAG